GAAAAAGACAACUGCGGUGUGGGCUUUGCGUGCCAUAUCAAGGGCAAGGCCUCGCACAAGAUCAUCUCGGACGCCCGCUACCUGCUGUGCAACAUGACCCAUCGAGGAGCCGUGGGCUCGGACGCCCGGGACGGAGACGGUGCUGGUGUGAUGACCUCGAUUCCGCACAAGUUCAUGGCGCGGGAGUUUGAGUACCAUUGCUCGAUCGAGCUGCCGCCCAGCGGGCAGUACGCGGUGGGAAACCUGUUUUUCAAGAAGGACGAGGACGUUUUCCGGAAGUCCAAGAGCACGUUCGAGAACAUCGCCGCGAGCCUCGGCCUCAGGGUGCUCGGCUGGAGGCACGUGCCUGUCGACUCGUCGAUUUUAGGACCGGCAGCUUCCUCGAGAGAGCCGCUGAUUCUACAGCCUCUGGUGGUUCUCGAGGAGGUGUACGGCUCGGGAAACAAGCCCAAGGCUGUGUACUCGGCAGAGGAGUUCGAGUCCAAGUUCGAAAAGACGUUUGAGAAGAAACUGUACAUUUUGAGAAAACAGUCCACCCACACGAUCGGCCUGCACAACUGGUUCUACAUCUGCUCGCUGACCAACAAGAACAUCGUCUACAAGGGCCAGCUCGUCCCUACUCAGGUGUACUCGUACUACCACGACCUCGUGAACGCAGACUACGAGUGCCACUUCGCUCUCGUCCACUCCCGAUUCUCAACAAAUACGUUCCCGUCCUGGGAUCGUGCCCAGCCUCUCAGAUGGGCAGCCCACAACGGUGAGAUUAACACGCUCAGGGGCAACAAGAACUGGAUGCGCGCCAGAGAAGGCGUGAUGCAAUCGAAGCUGUUUGGCGAGGAGCUCGAGAAAUUGUACCCGAUCAUCGAGGAGGGCGGUUCCGACUCUGCCGCGCUCGACAACGUGCUGGAACUGCUCGUUAUCAACGGCAUUUUGUCUCUUCCAGAGGCCGUCAUGAUGCUGGUUCCAGAGGCCUGGCAGAAUAACGAGCAUAUGGACUACAAGAAAAAGGCCUUCUACGAGUGGGCCGCCUGUCUGAUGGAGCCGUGGGACGGGCCUGCGCUCUUCACGUUUGCCGACGGAAGGUUCUGUGGUGCCAAUUUGGACAGAAACGGUCUGAGACCGUGCAGAUACUACGUCACCGACGACAAUAGAAUGAUUUGUGCCUCCGAGGUGGGUGUGAUUCCAAUCGAGACGAACAAGAUCGUCGAGAAGGGCAGACUCCAGCCUGGAAGAAUGCUGCUUGUGGACACCAAGGAGGGCAGAAUUGUCGACGACAGAGAGCUGAAAAAACAGGUUGCAUCCAGAUUUGACUUUAAGGCGUGGAUUACUUCCAACAUGAUCACCAUGCCAGAGCUGACCACCAAGCUGCAGAACAAGAACCUGGACCUGAGCACGCCAAUCGAUCUGACUCUGAAAGUCCAGGAGGAUCCUCGUCUGCUUGCCUUUGGCUACACACAGGAACAGGUGGUUGCGCUGCUGGGCCCAAUGGGAGCCGGCGGCAAGGAAGCUCUGGGAUCCAUGGGUAAUGACGCUGCACUUGCGUGUCUUGCAGAACAGCCACGACUGAUGUUCGACUACUUCAGACAGCUGUUUGCGCAGGUUACGAACCCUCCUAUCGACCCGAUCAGAGAGAAAAUCGUCAUGUCGCUGGAGUGCUACAUAGGUCCGCAGGGCAACCUUCUGGAGAUGAAUGCGGGACAGUGCAACAGAUUGUUGAUGCCGUCUCCAGUGCUACUUAGCGACGAGCUCAGAGCUUUGAAGGAGAUCAACAAGGUCUAUCCUAAAUGGUCUGUUGCAAAUAUCGACAUCACUUUCGACAAGUCGGAGAGUUUGACAGGCUACACCGAUGCUCUGGACAGAAUUUGUCAGGAAGCCACCCAGGCCAUUGUCGACGACCAUCAGAUCAUCAUUCUGUCCGACAGAAAGACCAGUGCCGACAGAAUCCCGGUCAGCUCGCUGAUCGCCUGCGGUGCCGUCCACCACCACCUGGUGAGACAGAAACAGCGUGCCAAGGUUGCUCUGAUCUUGGAGACCGCAGAGGCCAGAGAAGUUCACCACAUCUGCUGUCUGGUUGGCUAUGGUGCAGACGCCAUCAACCCGUACCUGGCUAUGGAGACGUUGGUCAAGUUGAACAGCGAGAAUCUUCUGGCAGGCGACCUGACGGACAAACAGGUGCUGGAAAACUACAAACACGCCAUCGAUGACGGUUUGCUCAAGGUGAUGUCCAAGAUGGGUAUUUCCACGUUGGCAUCGUACAAAGGUGCACAAAUUUUUGAAGCGCUUGGUGUCGACAACUCUGUGAUUGAUAGAUGUUUUGCAGGCACGGCUUCGAGAAUUAAAGGUAUCACCUUCGAGUAUAUCGCGCAGGAUGCUUUCUCGAUGCACGAAAAGGGAUUCCCCUCCAGAGACACGGUUCUGCCAAAGGGUCUUCCAGAGUCAGGAGAAUACCACUGGAGAGACGGCGGAGACGCUCACGUGAACGAGCCGGCUGCCGUCGCCAACAUCCAGGACGCCGUCAGGAACAAGAACGAGAAGGCGUACGAAGCCUACUCGAAAAAAGAGUACGAUGCCAUCAAGAACUGCACGCUCAGAGGUCUUCUGGACUUUGAUUUUGCCAACUCGACGCCUGUUCCGAUCGACCAGGUUGAGCCUUGGACAGAGAUUGUGAGAAGAUUCUGCACCGGUGCCAUGUCAUACGGUUCCAUCUCGAUGGAGGCGCACUCCACGCUGGCCGUUGCCAUGAAUAGACUGGGUGGAAAGUCGAACACCGGAGAGGGUGGUGAAGACGUGGAGAGAUCAAAACCUUCAGAGAAUGGCGACUCCAUGAGGUCUGCUAUCAAACAGGUGGCCUCUGGAAGAUUUGGUGUCACCUCGUACUAUCUGUCCGAUUCCGACGAGCUUCAAAUUAAAAUGGCCCAGGGUGCCAAGCCAGGUGAGGGAGGAGAGCUGCCGGGAUACAAAGUGUCCAACAGCAUCGCCAAGACGAGACACUCCACUGCCGGUGUUGGUCUGAUUUCUCCACCACCGCACCACGACAUCUACUCGAUCGAGGACCUGAAACAGCUGAUCUACGAUCUCAAGUGCGCCAACCCUAGAGCCAGAGUGUCUGUGAAGCUGGUUUCUGAGGUUGGUGUGGGAAUCAUUGCCUCUGGUGUCGCCAAGGCCAAGGCAGACCACAUUCUCAUUUCUGGACACGAUGGUGGUACUGGUGCGGCCAGAUGGACCGGUAUCAAGUACGCCGGUCUGCCGUGGGAACUGGGGCUUGCCGAGACUCACCAGACUCUGGUUUUGAACGAUCUGAGAGGAAGAGUCACUGUGCAGACCGAUGGUCAGCUCAAGACCGGAAGAGACAUUGCCAUUGCCUGUUUGCUGGGUGCCGAAGAGUGGGGCUUUGCCACGGCUCCAUUGAUCUCCAUGGGCUGUGUUUUCAACAGAAAGUGCCACACCAACACCUGUCCCGUUGGUAUUGCCACCCAGGACCCUGUGCUCAGAAAACAGUUCAAGGGAACUCCGGAGCACGUGAUCAACUUCUUCUACUACGUCUCGAACGAGCUGCGGGGCAUCAUGGCCAAGCUAGGAUUCAGGACGAUCGACGAGAUGGUGGGCAGAACGGAAAAGCUGUACGUGAGAGACGAUUUGAGAACAACCAAGAACGCCAACAUUGACCUGUCGCCAAUUCUCACUCCAGCUCACACCAUCAGACCCGGGGUUGCCACCCGCUGUAUUAAGAAACAGGACCACAGACUGCACGUGAGACUGGACAACAAGCUGAUCGACGAGUCCGAAGUGACUCUCGAUAAGGGGCUGCCGGUCACCAUUGAGGCCGAGGCCAUCAACACGGACAGAUCCAUUGGUACCACGCUGUCGUACAGAUGUUCCAAGAGAUUUGGUCCUUCCAGUCUGCCACAUGACACGAUCCACGUGAACAUCAGAGGCUCUGCCGGCCAAUCGUUUGGUGCGUUCCUCGCAGCUGGUAUCACCCUGGAGCUGGAAGGCGACUGUAACGACUACGUCGGCAAAGGUCUUUCUGGAGGAAGGCUGAUUGUGUAUCCGCCAAAGGACUCCAAGUUCAAGGCCGAGGAGAACAUCAUCAUUGGUAACACCUGUUUGUACGGUGCCACGUCUGGUACUGCGUUCUUCAGAGGCAUUGCUGCCGAGAGAUUUGCCGUGAGAAACUCUGGAGCCACGGCCAUUGUGGAAGGAACUGGAGACCACGGCUGCGAGUACAUGACCGGAGGAAGAGUGGUUGUUUUGGGUUCUGUGGGCCGCAACUUUGCUGCUGGUAUGUCUGGCGGUAUUGCGUAUGUGCUGAACAUGGCACAGGACUUCGAGGAGAAGGUAAACAAGGAGAUGGUGGAGCUGAGCACGAUCACGGAUCCGUCGGAGAUUGCUUUCCUGAGAGGUCUGAUUGAAGACCACAGGCAUUUCACUGGUUCUGAGAUUGCCGACAGAAUUCUGACCAACUUCAACAGAUUCCUGUCGCGGUUCGUGAAGGUUCUUCCUGUUGAUUACAAGAGAGUUCUGGAGGAGGAGGCCCGCAAACAGGAGGAGCUGAAGAAGAAAGAGGCAUCGUCGUACUUCUCAACCAUCAAGGAAGACCCAGAAGCAGACAUCACGAACGGCGAGUUUUCGAGACCAAAGUCCAAGCGCGUGUCUGCUGCCAGUGCGGCCAAGGAACCAAAAGUGAUGGAUCUGGAGGACACGAUCGUGGACAUUAAGGCCGAAGAGACGAAAGCGGUCAAGCUCGACAAGCUCGGCGGUUUUGUCAAGUACAAGAGAAGAAACGAGCCUUACAGACCUGCCAAGACCAGAAUAAACGACUGGAAGGAGCUGUCCAGCAGACUGACCAAGGAAGACCUACACUACCAGACGGCCAGAUGUAUCGACUGCGGUAUUCCGUUCUGUCAGAGCGACACUGGAUGUCCUAUUUCGAACGUGAUUCCGAAAUGGAAUGAGCUAGUGUUCAAGGACAGAUGGUACGACGCUCUGCAGAGACUGCUCAUGACCAACAACUUCCCGGAGUUCACCUCCAAAAUCUGUCCGGCUCCUUGUGAGGGCGCCUGUGUGGUGAAUGUGUCUGGCAAUGCUCCUGUUGGUAUCAAGUCUAUUGAGGCUGGAAUUAUCGACUAUGGAUUCCAGCAGGGGUGGAUUAAGCCAGAGCCUCCAGCAGUUAGAACAGGCAAGAACAUCGCCAUCAUUGGUUCUGGUCCGUCGGGACUCGCUGCUGCUGACCAGCUUAACAAGGCCGGCCACACCGUCACUGUCUACGAAAGAGCAGACCGUCCAGGAGGACUGUUGAUGUACGGUAUUCCGAACAUGAAGCUCGACAAGGGAAUUGUGAAGAGAAGAACCGAUUUGAUGGAGGCCGAGGGCGUCACCUUUGUUUGCAACACCACAAUCGGUGAGGACAUCACUGUUGAUGAGCUUCAACACCAGAACGACGCCGUGCUGCUCUGUGUUGGCUCUACUAUUCCUAGAGACCUCAAGAUUCCCGGACGAGAGCUGAAGAACAUCGAUUUCGCCAUGACUCUGCUGAAGUCCAACACACAGGCCCUGUUGGAGGACAACCUGGACGAGAUCAGGGCCAAGAUUGAGGGCAAGAACGUCGUUGUCAUUGGUGGAGGUGACACAGGUAACGACUGUCUUGGAACUGCCACUCGUCACAAGGCUAAGUCUGUGACCAACUUUGAGCUUCUGCCUACUCCAAGCGAGGAAAGAGGCAAGGACAACCCAUGGCCACAGUGGCCUCGUAUUUUCCGCGUGGACUACGGACACGCCGAGGUCAAGGAGCACUACGGCAGAGACCCUAGAGAAUACUGUAUUUUGUCGAAGGAAUUUGUUGGCGACGAAGACGGAAACGUGAAGGGCAUUAAGACCGUCAGAGUGGAGUGGAAGAGAUCCGACUCUGGCGCCUGGCAAAUGGCUGAGAUUCCAGGCUCGGAGGAGUUCUUCCCUGCAGAGGUGGUUUUGCUGUCCAUGGGAUUUGUUGGUCCUGAAGCUGACAGACUGGAGGUUUCGAGAACGCCACGCGGAACGGUGUCCACCACCGAUCCUAAUGGAUACCAGGUUGAGGGUAAGGGUAAUUUGUUUGCUGCUGGAGACUGUAGAAGAGGCCAGUCUCUGGUGGUCUGGGGUAUCCAAGAGGGAAGACAGUGUGCCCGUGAAGUUGACCAGUUCUUGAUGGGCGAGACCCGUCUUCCAGGCAAUGGUUCCAUCCAGAAGCGCAACUAUAAGCUUUUGGAAGAGCUUGCUGCCAAAGUGUAUUGAUUAAGUUUACUAUCUGAUUGGAGAAGGGUAAAAUUAUUUUGUAAAA